GCAGCAGAGCUCAGGCAGCAUUCCGCAGCAGUUCUCCUCCACUGACUCCUCAGCUCUCUCUCUCUCUCACUCCUUCACCUCUCCGAGUCUGACUCGCAGGGAAAAACGUCUUUUAUACCCGGGCUAAAUUUAGGAGGGGGAGCUUGGUCUGGUCCGUGCGCAGCGUCCUCAUCCUGGACGCGCUUCCUUCCUCUGGCCUGGCAUUGGUCUGCGCUGAGCACAGAAGAAUAUUUAGAAGAACAACAGCAGCAGCUCUGCUCCAGACCGACGACUGCUCAUGAAUGAGAGCAAACGACAGAAGAAGAGCAGCUUCUCUGGACACUUCGCUUGUGUUUGAUUCUAAACUGAAGAAAAAAUAUAUUUUUUUCCUUUAGUUAUUUUAAGGAACUUUUUUUUACUGAUCUGAGUUAAAACAAGGAAUGGAAAUGGCCUUGAGUGGGACCAUUUUACCAUCAAUAUCUACGUUUUCCAACCAAAAGGAGAAAUGCUGGGAACAUAGGUGGAAGGGCAACAUGAGCAGCGUUGCCGCUGACCUGGACACCACCUGUCUGGGCAGAAAAGACGAAGAGGAUCUGGAUAAGUUCCUCGACCUCGAAUUUAUUCUGGCAAACACAACCGGUGCUGAUGGAGCACCGGUGACGGGGGCUGGAGCAGAGUCCUACCGUCUCCAGGACGCAGGAGUGCCCGUAUACCAGCAACAGCACAGCGGGAUGAACAAUUACUCCUCUGCCCCUGACAUGAACUGCCCUCCUCCGCCCUACAACAGCCUGAUGGCAGAGCUGCUCCGCUCCGAUGUAGACACGAGUUUCCUCCCCGGGAACACUCCCGGUAUCCAGGGCAGAUUCCUCAUCAGUUCCGCGCCUUUCCACGGCACUCAGGACUUAUUAUUCCCCGAGCAUCAGGCCAUCAAAGUGGAGCCCGUUUCCAUGGACUCUUACGGACCCGUCAUGGGUCUGGUUCCUCAGAGCUGCACUAAGAUCAAGCAGGAGGGCAACGUUUCGUGCAUGAUGUCCUACGAGCAGCAGCCGCGCUUGGCCAACUCCCCGCAGGCGGCUGCACUUGGCAGCAUGACACCGCCGCUCAGUCCCGACGACCUGAUGAGCUCCGAGUGCCAUCAGCAGCAGAUGUGUGCCAACUCCACCUUCCAGCAGAGCUUCCACCCGCAGCAGCAGCACCGCAGCAGUGCGCCGCCCGGGUUCCCACACCCGCACACCGGGAUACAGCUCCAGUUCCCCGCGGCGCCGCACCAUCACCAGUUCCCCGGCAUGUUCUCAGAAGACACGGGCAUGGGUCUGCAGCAGCAGCAGCAGCAGCCGGGGGCGGCGCAGCGGCUCCUGCUCACUCCUCCAUCCUCCCCGCUGGAGAUGAUGGACUCCAAACCUAAGAGAGGUCGCCGCUCCUGGCCCAGGAAACGGACUGCGACGCAUACGUGCACUUUCACCGGCUGUGGGAAGACGUACACGAAAAGUUCGCACCUGAAGGCGCACCUGAGGACGCACACAGGGGAGAAACCAUACCACUGCAGCUGGGAAGGUUGUGGCUGGAAGUUUGCGCGUUCUGACGAGCUAACGCGUCACUUUCGGAAGCACACUGGACACAGGCCAUUCCAGUGUCACCUGUGUGAACGCGCAUUCUCCAGAUCUGACCACCUGGCCCUGCACAUGAAAAGGCACAUGUGAAGAAUGUCCCGGAAGUGGAAAAAAAACAACAACUUGGACUUGGAAAAAAAAAGCCACGAAAAACUGAACUUUAACUUCCGGUAUCAGCUAUAAAACGAUUCCUUGAUGCAAAUAUAAAGAUGCAAAUUCCUAUAUAAGACAGUGCCCUCUAGUGGUACAUAGCAGAAUGAACUGCCUUAGACUACAACGAAGGAAGCCACUAGCCUGAUGACUACACUGUAAUGUGUUUACAGGUAUAUUUAUAGGAAUAUUAUGGUUUUUUAUUGUUAUUUUCAAUCGGACCAAAGAGCAUCACGACAAAAUGCCUUAAAAAAUAUUCAUGUUCAAGAAAAGUCAGACUAUUUAAAUGUUCACUCUGACACCAGACACAGCAGAUACGACAGAAACAGACCAAUCCUGUUCAUUUUUGUGACUCUGUAGCUGGUACUACUUUUGUCGUUCGUAAAAACGACAGACAGAGGUUAAAAACAUUCCACUCAACAUGUCAGGCACAUGCAGCCCAAUCAACUGGAAACAGACAAAGAGCAAUGAUGUAAAAAGUGCUCUUUGGAUGAACUUUGACCUUAGUGCCUUUAUCAUCACAGCUCAUGUGUACCCUGGUCCUCACCUACCAACGACAAUCGAACCACCGCUGUGUGUCGUAUUGUAAAAGUGUAAACUGCACAUGAAAUAAGCUUCUUUAAGACAAUGUUUUGUACUGAAGACAAACUGCCUUAUGUUCGUCCUCUGUCUUCUUUGAAGGCUUGAACUGAAUGUCACGGUGUCUGUCUGUCUGUCUGUUCGUCCGUCCGUCCGUCCGUAUUCUCUGAAGUCAGGCUCUGAUGUGGUAAACAUGCUCGCCAUCUCAACCACAUCCUGAUCGACAAAGGGCUAACAAAGUCUUUGGCAAUAAGACAGAUUGUUGUAUUCUUUUCUUGUUUGUGUCUUGAAGAAAUGUACUGCCUUGUAAAUACAUUUUAUAUAUAAUGUAAAUAGUUUAUUUUUAAUGUACAUAUUAAACUAAAAGAACAACAUGA